AAUUCAGUGUAUUUUCACAUCUUCCCUAUGAUAGCAUGCAGUCAUAAACAAGCACGAUCCACAGUAAAAGACCACUGGAACGUUCGAAUCAAAAGACAAGCAGACACAUUCACGCCACGUGUAAACUGUAAUGAUGACGACUGAAACAGGUUUGGAGUCUGAAGUAAAGAAGGAACCAGAGCAGGCCGAAGAACAGCCAGCAGCUCCGGAGCUGCAGACACAGGCGCAGGACGAACCGGCAACACAGCAACAGGUGCACCCGAAACAAGAGCACACAGAGGCUGAGAAACCAGAGGAACUGACCGAUAACAAGGAGACGCUGCAGUCUACCACUGGAGAGCAGCCUUCAGGUGAGGAACAUACAGACACUCCCACGUCACCAAAGCCAGCUAGCCCCAGUGCACAGACCAGCCCAGGGUUGGGCAAGAAGGAGAAAGAAGAGGCCUCAGGGAAGGGCAUCUCUAGGUUCCUUCCCCCAUGGCUUAAGAAGCAGAAAUCUCAGAGCCAAGUUGAGUCCAAAGAAAGUCUGGGGAUAGGGGACCCGGUGAAGGAAGAGGGCGACGUUCAGGAGAAGAAGUCUGAGAAGGAGGAGAAAAGAGAGCAGGGAGGAGAGGACGGAAUAGACAAACCUCCUGAGGUUCAACGCUCACUGCCGCAGGACAGCAAGGCAGAUGAAAAGGAGGAGAAACAUUCAAUAAGCAGUGCAGAGACUCAGCCUGCAAAAGAGACCAGAAAAGACUCCUUGGAGAAGGACGUAGAUUUGAAGGAGGAGAAGAACGGAGCUGGGGAGGAGAUUCAGAAGAAGAUUAAGGAGGAAGAGAACGUUCAGAAACCUGAAUUGAAGGCUGAGAAGCCUCCUGGGAAGCCAUCCAAGAAGAUGAAGACUGUGGUGUGCAAGGUCAUGAUGCUAGAAGGCAUGGAGUUCCCCUGUGAGGUCGAGAAACGUGCAAAAGGCCAAGUGCUAUUUAACAAAGUAUGUGAGAAUAUCAAUCUGUUGGAGAAGGACUAUUUUGGAUUGACAUACAGAAGUAACAGUGACCAAAAGAACUGGCUUGACCCUGCAAAGGAAAUCAAGCGCCAGAUUCGAAGUUCUCCUUGGCAGUUUGCCUUCAGUGUAAAAUUCUAUCCACCUGAUCCAUCGCAGUUAACUGAAGAUAUAACUAGAUAUUACCUGUGCCUUCAGCUUCGUCAGGAUAUUGCUUCGGGCCGCCUCCCCUGCUCGUUCGUGACUCAUGCUUUGCUCGGUUCCUAUUGCCUGCAAGCUGAGCUGGGAGACUACGAUCCCGAAGAGCACAGAGUGGGCUACAUCAGCGAUUUCCAGUUCGCACCAACACAGACCAAGGAGCUGGAAGAGAAAGUGGUAGAACUGCACAAAACACACAGGGGAUUAACUCCAGCUCAGGCUGAUGCUCAGUUCUUAGAAAAUGCCAAGAAACUUUCCAUGUAUGGAGUGGAUCUACAUCAUGCCAAGGACUUGGAGAGAGUGGAUAUCAUGUUGGGCGUAUGUGCCAAUGGACUGCUGAUCUACAAAGACAGACUCAGAAUAAAUCGUUUUGCCUGGCCAAAGAUUCUCAAGAUUUCCUACAAACGCAGUAACUUCUACAUCAAAAUCAGACCAGGAGAGACUGAGCAGUUUGAGAGCACUAUUGGAUUUAAGCUGCUAAACCACCGGGCUGCCAAGAGGCUGUGGAAGGUUUGUGUGGAGCACCACACUUUCUUUAGGUUGGUGUCACCCGAACAGCCCCCAAAAGCUAAGUUCCUCACUCUGGGCUCCAAGUUCCGCUACAGUGGUCGAACACAAUCUCAAACCAGGCAGGCCAGCACUCUCAUCGACAGACCAGCUCCAUAUUUUGAACGCACUUCCAGUAAACGAGUGUCCGGGAGUCUUGAUGGAGCUCCUGUAGUCCGUGUCACAGAUCACAACCUGGUGGACUCUUCUGCUGCUGAAAUCAAUGGGAAGGGGGACACAGCAGCUAAGGACAAUGGAAAAGAACCUGGAACUCCCUCCAGAACUCAAUUGGAACUCUCCCAGGAAUCAAAGGUGGUGGAACAGCAAAGUGAUGGCACAACAGCUGCAGCCACUGGGGCGGAAACAAGCGAGAUGGAGAGAGAAGAAGAAGAUUCACAGCUGCAGAAGGACCUGGAUAAGACCCAGGAGGGUGUUUUGAAACAUCAGGCUAGUAUUAGCGAAUUAAAACGCAGUUUUAUGGAAUCUUCACCUGAGCCACGCCCCAAUCAGUGGGAAAAGCGUCUUACUACAACUUUGCCUCUACUGACACAAGGGAGCUUAGAAGAGGAGAUAACAACCAUUUUAUUAAGUAAAGAAAGCUUUUCUAAUUGUUUGACUGGCACCUUCACCACUACUGCAAAGCGGGCAGCAGAGGGCGCUGGUGCUAAAGCUCCAGCUGAAUCUCUUUCUCCGUUCCCCUCCACACGGCCCUCUGAGACCUUAGAUGAAAAACAGAAAUCAGAGAUGGGGGAGGAGGCAGAAGUUGAGAUAGAAGAGACUGUCAUUGAAGAGAUCAGGAGAACAUCCAAAGUUAAAAACAGCCCUGACACUACUGAAAGCCCUGCAGCAGCCAUUAUGUCAGGAGAGGGUGAGAAAGAGCCUGAGGAAGAGGCUAGUAAGGCGAGCACUUCUUCCGAGAGCCAUAGCGAGAGCGAGGAUGAAGCCGAGUACCACCCCCAGGUGGCUGUGGACCAGAUAAGAGAAGAAACUGAAGAGAAUGAUGAAGAACUGGGGAAGGAAUGCCAGGUGCCCGCAGAACAACAGCUUGAAGAAAUUGUGUUGCCUCCACCUCCUGAGGUUCAGGGAAUUGCAGAUGAAGAAAAGCAGGAAUGCAAGCACCUAGGAGAAGAUGAAGCUCGGAGCUCCCCAGCGGAGAGAAAGACAGAACAAGAAGCAGAAAAGGCGGAGGAGCCCAAAGUAAAUGGGGAAGUGUCUCACAGUGUGCCCGAAGUUAUCCCCCAGGUUAUUUGUUGCUCUGAGCCUCCAGUGGUAAAAACAGAGAUGAUGACCAUCUCUGACACCUCUGCUGCCCAGAAAACAGAAAUCUCGACAAAGGAGGUUCCCAUUGUGCACACCGAGACUAAAACUAUUACUUAUGAAGCUGCCCAGCUGGAUGGCAGUGGAGAUGGUGAGCCUGGUAUUCUUAUGUCUGCACAGACCAUCACCUCUGAAUCACUCUGUACCACAACAACUACACACAUUACCAAGUCAGUAAAAGGUGGACUUUCUGAGACAAGGAUUGAGAAGCGCAUUAUUAUCACUGGUGAUGCAGAUAUUGACCAUGAUCAGGCCUUGGCCCAAGCAAUUAAGGAAGCCAAAGAGCAGCACCCUGAUAUGUCCGUGACCAGGGUGGUGGUACAUAAAGAGACUGAACUUGCUGAGGAUGGGGAGGAUUGACUGCAAGAACUAAAAAUGGUACCCCAUGGAAGUUGUCCCUCAGUUUGAGAAUAUUUCUAAGCAUCUUCAAAGUGGAGCAACGGGUCAGCUACUGUACCCUGAAGAAUUUUAGAAGAUAUCUUCGAGAAGGCAAGAUAAACUCACUAUUCUGUCUGUGCUUUGCACAGUUCCUAUUUUAAAGAAAACCACUUAACAUUCCUACCUUUUUUGUUUCAUUUUAUAAUUAGUGCUGUUGCUAAAUUGUUUACCAUUAUUAAAAACAAGUAGAGUUUACAAUAUAGAGUUAUUGUAAGUAGCAGUCACAUUGGAUACAUUUCUGUUAUGUACAGAAGGCUUAUCUUUAGAUUAAAUCGAUCAUCUAAAAAAAAUGUAUAACUUGAAAAUCAAUUGGAUUUAUUAUUUACUCUGUAUAAACUUAUAUCAAACAAAUUAAUGGUAAAAUAAUCUAAUUGGGUACAUUUUAACGGGACCUGAUUUCGUAGACACGCUGUGUCAUGAACACUCUUGUAUGCAGUCAAGCUAUGUUAGGGAGGUGUAUUUAUCUACCUCCUACUUUAAGUUUUCAAUUUGAAGCAGCUUUAAAAAUUAAAAAAAAAAACAAAAACAACUUGCGUUUCCAUAACUUUCUAACAUCACUAAUCUGAAUUAUAUUUGUAGAAUAUUUUUGCUAUCUUAAACGCUUUGUCUUAACGUGUAAUUUGAUUUUGCUGUUACUCGAGCAUAUAAAUAAAAGUUUUUUUUGUUUGUU